AUGGAGAUCUCCCUGGACGCGCUGUUGGGCGUGCAGCGGCACGGACAGGACCUGGCCUACCGCCUCGUGCAUGGCGUCUCGGGGCUGCUGCUCCAACUCCACGUGCAGACGCCGCCGCUCAAGCUCCUCCCCUUCGACAUCGAGCUCCCCGCUGCCCCCUUCGCAGUCAGCGUCGACCUCCCGGCCGUGGCCGUCGUGUCCUUCGUGGAGAUCGGCGGCCUGCUCGGGCAGGCCGGGCCCGACCUCGGCGGCGCCGUGCAGCAUCUGUCGCGGCAGCUUCCCGCGCCGUUCCGCGCGCGGCGCCGGAAGUGGGAAGGAGGCGCCGCGACGCCGACGCCCGCGGCGGCGGUGGACGAGGGGGAAGCGGGGCUCGCCGCAGAAAGGGCUGCCGAGGGUGGGGUAGCCUUGGAGGGUGUCGGGGAAGGAGGCUCUGGUCGGGUCGGUCUCCGAUUCAAAACUACCUUAUAUAGGGGCUUGCCUAUUGUAGAAUAUUCACAUGAUACUAGUAUAUAA